UCUGCCUGCGCUCACUGAAUCCAACAUGGAGUAAGGAGGAGAUGGGGCUCUUUCGGGGCCAUCCUCACCGAUACCAGCGUACCAUUUUCGGUCACCGCAUUCCAGCCCGGCCCGGCGUGGGAGGAGGUAGAGGAGGCGGCGGAGGAGGAAGAAGAAGAGGAGGAAAAGAAAGAAAAGGCGUAGGAGGAGGAGAAGGAGAAGGUGGAGGUGGAAGAGGAGAUCGGAUGCGCCUCUUCGGAUGCGCUCCAGUAAUUGAGGAGUGACGGGAGAAGAAGAGGAGGAGGAGGAGGUGGUGUUGGAGGAGGAGGAGGAGGAGGAGGAGGAGGGGGAGACGGAGAUUCAUACAUAACACAAAUCGGGAUUCAAGAACCGAGCGCAGCGCGGGAGAGAACCGGAUCCGCCGCCGCUUCUGCCGCUGAAGGGCGAGGAAACAUGAAGACACCGCGCUGUGCAGCCGCGGCGGGAGCUCGUUAUUACCGGAGGUGAAACGGAAAAAAAUGAGCGAGGACACGCGCCCAGACGAUGACAGCUACAUUGUGCGCGUCAAAGCGGUGGUGAUGACCAGAGACGAUUCGAGCGGCGGCUGGUUGGCGCAGGACGGCUGCCUGAGCAGAGUGGGCGUGUGCAGGCUGCUGCCGAGUGAACUGCUGGGGCGCAACACCUUCCUGAUCCACGGAGAACGCCUCAAAGACAAGCAGGUGAUUCUGGAGUGUUUCCUAAAGAAGGAUCUGGUCUACACGAAGGCCACGCCGACCUUCCACCACUGGAAGGUGGACAACAGAAAGUGUGGUCUGACCUUCCAGAGCCCGGCCGACGCCAGAGCCUUCGACCGUGGGGUGAGGAAAGCCCUGGAGGACCUGACAGAAGGGUCGACCACGUCCUCAUCGACCCUGCAGAAUGAGGCGGAGCUCGGCGACGAUGACGUCUUCACGACGGCCACCGACAGCUCGUCCAACUCAUCCCAGAAGAGAGAGCCGGCGAUGCACACGCUGGCCCCGCACAACAUCUGCGAGGCCCGACGGCACCACUGCAUUCUGGGACAUUUCUACGAGCAGCACCGGCCCUCUGAUCACUACUUCCUGGACCAGGCGGUGCACAUGUUCCCUCGUCACGUCAGCUUCCAGGUGGAGGAGGAAGAGAUUGUACGCAUCAACCCCCGCGAGCGGACCUGGCUCACGGGCUACGGGGACUACCGCCACGCCAACUCAACGCGUGACAAACUCACCCAGCCCGACAACCUCGACGCCUACGUACACUUUGCCAAGAGCGAGCCUCCCAAACAUGACUACACAUACCCUUACCCGUUGAGCUGUGACGUGCAGCGAGGCUGCGACGGCAAACCUGGCUGUCUGGAGCUGGGCAGCGGACACCGAGCGGUGGUGACGGUGCAGCCGCGCGCCCUGCAGCCCAAAGGCAAGAGGCGGAAGGAGGACGGCGAGCGCUCGCGCUGCGUUUACUGUCAGGACAUGUUCAACCAUGAGGACAACGGGCGGGGCCGCUGCCAGGAAGCUCCUGACCCCAUUCAGACCUGCAUCAGGCGGGUCAGUUUCAUGUGGUGCGCAGACAGCCUGCUGUAUCACUGCAUGUCGGACCCGGAGGGGGAUUACUCGGACCCGUGCUCCUGUGACACCAGCGAUGAGCGCUUCUGCCUACGCUGGACGGCGCUGGUGGGUCUGUCGCUGCUGGCGCCCUGCAUGUGCUGCUACGCCCCCCUCAGGGCGUGCUACCGCUGCGGCGUGGCCUGCCGCUGCUGCGGCGGAAAACACAAAGCAGUGGGCUGAGGCGUCGCAGGCCCCGCCUCCUCACAGUGGAAGCAAGGACUCAUGGGAAUCAGAGGCCGCUGUGAUUUUGUUGUUGGUGUUUGUCUCGUCUCCGAUUUCCAGAAGGAGGAGGAGAAGAAGAACUUUGUCUCAACAGAUGGGAAAAAAAAAUGUUCCCUGUUGUUUUUUCUUUUUAUGUCUUUUGUGAUAUUGGGAACCAAAAUGGCUCCCAAGUCUCACACUGACUGAACAAAGAAUAUUCAUUUAUAUAAAGUUAUAUAUAUAUAUGUACAUUUAUACAUAUAUAUACAUAUAUAUCUGUAUAUAUAUGUAUAAACAGGUACUUUAUAUUUUUACACUCAUGUGUUUUGAAGGCUUGAAUUUGUCAUUUCUUCAGCAUCAGUAUGAAUGUUGUUUGUUUGUCGAGGGAACUGCGUCUCACUGACAUGCUGCAAAACAUUUUAACCUUUAUCAGACAUUUUAGGACGCUCAGCUUAUUUCAGUAAAAAAAAAUACUUCCUUGCAGGGUUAUUUCAACAAUUAUAAAGUGGGUGUAUUCACUUUUUGAUAAAAGUUAGAUGUGAAGAUGGAAAUCAAUAUGGAGCUGUAGGGACGAUGUUUUUUCGUAGGCCGACGCGGAACUUAGCUUUGCCCAAAGCCGAUAAGAUUUUUCUACUGCAUUUGGGAAUAUUGGAUAAAAUAAGCUCUGUGGCAAACAAACGUUUAUAAUACUUACACAUUUUGUUCAGCAAGAUAAUCUCCACGAAAACCACUUUCAUAAUACUGAAGCCUAAAUGCAAUCUUCAGAAGUAAAAAGCUAACGUUAGCCGAUAAACAAACUACACUACAGUCAAACAACUUCAACGUCACCACAACGAGGCUGUUAAGUCGUCUUUGGCGUGGCGAUGUUCUCUCGUGUCUCAUUUAGACACCUGUUGGCAACCAUCUUUCCUAAAAGUCUUAAAUUUCAUGAGCGCAGUAUUUACUGGCAUAUUUUAUGUUGUAGAACAAAAUGUGAAUAUCUUUUAAGCCUGUGUUCACCACAGACUUUAUUUCAGGCCUCUAACCAAACACCCAUUCAGAAAACCCACUGACUUCAAGACGAGGGAACCAGGAGUGCUGACAUGCUAACUCACAUCUGUGUCAAGGUCUUAGGACUCAUUCCUGCAGCAGUCUGUCUCAUGUCUGGCUGGUCAGUACAGAGCUGGAUGUCAGGAUAGUUAGCCUAGCUUAGCACAAACACUGGAAGCAGGGGGAAACAGCUAGCCUGCUCUGUCCAAAUCUCAUACACUUACCAACAGCUCUAAACCUACAAAGAAAUAUGUCAUAUCUAGUUUGUUUUAUCUGUACACAAACAGAAAUGUAAAAGCAACAAUGGCUAAUGGCUAAGCUAGGCUUAUUAAAUAUCAGCUUGACACCAGCUCCAUCUUUAACACACCAAGAUGAGCGCGGUGUCCAUCUUCUCAUCAGAUCCUCAGCAAGACGGCUAAUUUAUCUCCAAAGUUCUUUUUGUUGUAAGCUAACAUGAAUUCUCUUCACACAGUCAGUCCUGCUGAUAAGGUGAAUGUUUUGCAGCUCCUGACGUUCAGCAGAGGCACUUAACUGGUCUGAGAGCUGCUCUGCUUACCUCUGAGCAAACUGAGCAGGUAAACCAGUUUGGCUGACCAGUAAGAUGGCUGUUCCCAGUCCUGAAAAAUCCAGAAACAAAGUGACAAUGGUAAUUUGCAAAGCUGCACCUCAGCAUAUUGGAUUUAAUCUGAAUAAGAAAAGUUUUGUGCAGAUUAAACACUCAGUUUUUUCAGCUACAAAACACAAUUUGGACAGUUUAACCCAACUGACACAUCUCCUGCUGUACUGGUCAUACUGGUCUGUCUGCACUGGUUUGGUGUUUGGAGGUUUGUUUGAUAAGAAGAACAAAAACCCCAGUAAGAACAAAGCUACGACAGAACACUGCUUAAUGUGAGUGUGUGUGGGGUGUGUGUGUGUGUGUGUGCUGUUGGUAUAAUUAUCAACAUAAAGGCUGGAAAAAUCCCUGAAAAGCAUCGUAAUAUUUGAGUUUCACACUUAAAACUUAUCUGAAACUUACAUUUCUUCACUAAUUCUCAUUUUUUGGGUCUGGUUUCAUCCAGACACAAUACAGCUAUCUUUAGAAAUUAUUUAGCAAAAAGAUUUUCAAAAAGUUUGAAGACAUGAGACAAGUCGGUCCCACAACAUUUUUUUGUGAAAUGAGCACAAAGUCUAAAAAAAGUUUUAGAAAUAUGCAUUUAGAAAGCAUUAUAAACAUGUCAGCAAUGGACAGUUUAAUUUUCAGGAAAAUGUUUUUGUGUAUUUUUGCCUUAAAGCUUGAGCGUGGAACUUUUGUCUCCCCCUCUGGCAUUGAGAGUAAUCACACUAACACUCAUUACGUUUACAUGACAUCAGAGAAAAUGGAUUUAUUGUCAGUCUGACUAAACCAGACUUUUAAAACACAUGUAAA